AUUCGUUUAAAUUAUGACGCGAGUUCCUUGUCUGGUUUAUAUUGUGUUAAUAAUUCAUUUAGAACGUGUAAUGGUAUUAGAAUUGCCAGGUUCUUGUAAGGUGGGUGAAUAUUAUGAGACGGGAACGAUGGCAUGUCAGUCGUGCCCUGUUAACGCUUCGAUGGUGACUUCUAGUGAUGGUUUUUCAUGUUCUUGUGAAGAGUCUAGCAUUCCCCUGAACCCUGGGCGAUGCAAACCAUGCGGUGCCACAGCUCUGGUGUCUACAGACGGUGCAACCUGCGUGCCGAGACGGUGCCAAACAAAUGCCGGGCGGACAGUGUGUAGGAGAUGCCCUGCGGAUUAUGUGUCGGUGACCCAGAACUUCGACGGGUCUCCGAUGAAGGAGGUGCUCUGCGUGAAGUGCGCGCGGGGCUUCAAGGCCGUCAACAACGCGUGCGUGCGGUGCGCGGCGUGCGUAUGCGCAAAAAAUGAGAUGGCUGUAAGAGAUAUCUGCGUCCCGAAGAGUUUCGUGAGCACGCGCCCGAAGUACGAAGGUGCCCUGCAUCCCUUAGCUUUACUGGAUAUUAUCAAACACGAGUAUCUGUGCAUUAUACACGACUACAUAGCAUGCCGCAGGCUAGCCAGCGAGUGUGUAAACAACUUCUAUCCGAGUGACGCCGCUGGCCCGUGUAGGCUGUGGCUCCAGCGUGGUUUAGUGGCUCAUAAGGGUCUGCCUCCUCUACUAAUUGAGUCGGCUAAUGACAAGGAUCCCGGAAUAGAGCUGCCGCGGGGCAAAGAAUCACUGAAACUUGCUUUCAUUAUACACACGUCUGCCGGAGGCCUGAAAAUACUGCAGCAUGCAAAGGAUGCCAUUUCACCUUGUUUUUCGUCUAUAGAAAUAACCAUAGGCAAGGAUUUUACACGAGAGUGUGUUUACAAUAUGACCGAUCUACCCCUGUCGGAUGGAGACACUCUAGCGGUACACUUACAAAGGGGCGGUGAUUUUACCCCAUUACCGGUAACUUUGCGAAAACCCAGCGGAAGUCUUGUUCAGCGAGCGACGUGGCCGUCGAGCAAGUUUCGCCGGUAUUACGUCGUACACAACUCUAUGUCUUCUACUAAUUCUACCAACACGAUCUACCUGAGGACACUUCUUAUACAUUUACGCAUGCAGAGAAGCAAGUCGCUCAGCACGCACAUGACGAUCGAAGCGCAGUACGCCACGAAGCAGACGUAUGCCCGCUCCGUCACAACUACCCUGAGGGUCGAGCAUGAGAUGCCUAGCGCUGGUGUGCUUAAAGGACUUGAGAUAUGGGGAGGAGUGCUCGGCGCUCUGCUAUCCUGCUAUGCCUUAGUGCAGUGGCGGGGCGUUCUGCGCAGAGGCGGACUCCAAAUUUCCCUGCUGCCGUUGCUGGCAGGGGCUAUAGCCGACGCAAUGUAUUUUGCGGCGUGGCUGGCGACGCUGCACGCUUUAGCUGCGGAGGCAGGCUCACAUGGGCUAGCGCUGCCGCCAGCGAUCGCUGAAGAACAUAUCAUCAGGGCGUUCGUCGUUUCAUCUAUAUCCUUAAAGGCUAUCAAAGCGGCUUGGGUAAACUGGCGGCAAUGCCGCUGUGACAUUUUCUUUUUGGAUUGGUCAGAAUAUAAUCCACCAAUCCAGGAUACACUCUCAGCUGACAACAAUUUGUGGAAGACCAUGAUGGUAGCUCGAGAAUGGUCCUCAAUGCAGACGAAGAGACGAGCCAACCCCGGGUUUACUGUACCGCUGGCUCUGAUUAUUUUGCAUCUUAUUUCUCCCUGGCAACUCUCCCUGCCCAACAGCCCAAGUUACUCCUGGGCCGUGGGUACACUCGCGUGGUGGGCGGCCUACGCCCCCGUGCUGCUUGCCCAGUGGGUGUGGGACCGGAUAGUGGGGUCCCCAACGCUGGGCAUAGCGCGCGUGUGCGACGGUGUGGGGCUCUCGCUGUUGGUGUUCCAAGAAGAGUUUUAUGCGCAUUAUGUGCACGGCAGAAACAAUGGGUCCCCGGAUGCCAAAACCAUGUCGGGCCCGCUGGAGGCGUGUCGAGUCGUGUGCGCGCCGCAACUCAGGAACGUUUACAAGCAGCUGGCGACCGCUGGACUAGGAGCUAUGGACGAGCAUGAGACGCGACAAGCGCUUCUCUCGAGGUUUUUAGCUGCGUUUUUUGAGAGGGCUCUAGAUGGUCUCAGCUGGGUUGCCAGCGAGCGGACAGUGCUGGAGCGACUGCUGGACGUGGAACUGGUGGCUCGAGAGGCUGGCAACACCAGUGCACUUCUGUAUGACCCCGACAGCAUGCCUUCGUGUUACGCCCUCAGUUGGUGGGGUGAAGAAUGGACGUUGGCAACACUGGACGCCAUGUUGUUUGGAUGCAUCCUUCUAGCCACUAAAGACUGGCUGCUGGCCGCCUUAGUCACUCUGGGAGUGUGGCAGAUAGCGAAGCAGCUGCGAGCGUGGUUCGGUGACAAGAAUCUUAAACAACACAUCGGUAUUGGAGACAUACUGUAGCGAAGCAAUCGUCUUACGUACCUCGUCCAAGAAAGUACAUUAAACGGUGAGUGGAAUCUAAAAUGAUUGUCGUAUUAUCUGCUGUUCUGCUCAAUUGCAUUGAAAUAAUCGCACUCGACGAGCUGACAUCGAGUUACGAAAAUAAAAAUUGCAGCGAUAAAUCGAAAUGUGACUUACGAUUAAAAAAUACUACGGAAAAACCUAUUGAAGUUACCAGACAUUUAGAUAGCAGGGAAUGGUUCCACUUUACCCCGGAAAAACAGGUAUUUUAUACACUUCGCGCGCCACAGAAACCGAGAGUACCCCAUCCAGCGGAAGGUGCGUUUUUCAAUUUUACCCUAGAUAUGUUUGAGACAAUAUUAAAUAAAUUACCACCUCGUAGGAUAGGUGGGUUGUUCAGUAUGCUAGGACGCAACUUAAAGAGAUCAACGAGCAGUCGACGCUCUUGUGAAUCCUUCCUGAGAUACUUUGUGAAACGAUUGGCAAGGAAGUCUAAAAUACUGUCUAGAAAAAAAGCGUCAAAGAUUAAAGAAAAAGUUGCUGGUUUCAUUAAUGAUACUCUUGAGGAAAAACCAAGGAGAAUGGAUUUUUUUCGAGCAAUGAACUCGCUGUUUACCUGGAAAUAUGAGAUUAAACUUCACGGGUAUACUUACUAUCUCCAGGGUUACGCAAAGGGCAGGGAAGGGAAGCGUCUCAUGAACCGCCAGACCAAGUUGCUGGUCAGAAAUAUAUUUUAUGUGUUGGAUAAACAAAGAAGUACUGUCAGAAAUGACGUGAUAAUGAAACUGAUGUUAGCUUACGAGGAGUAUUAUAGGAAAUAAAAUU